GCGUAGAGAGAGACCUAAAGGCCCACAACACCAGGCAUGAAAAUAGAAGUGAAAAACUGCCGGGGGAAUAACAUUUUGGGCAAAUAAAUAACGUAACUUGAUUAACAUCUCCAGUUCUUCUUCUGUUUGACUCUGUGCAUCUGCACUCUCAACAACACCAUGUUUAUCUCUUCACAAAACUCACCGCCCUCCUUCAAAGAUUUCACCCUGGUCAUGCCAGCAGUGGCUGUUGGUAAUGUGGGCCAGCUGGCUGUGGACCUCAUGGUGUCCACUCUCAACAUGAACAGAGCGGGAUACAUACACACAGACUGUCUCAUACCUAUGUCUGGUAACAACCCGUAUGCCACCUGCAGAGGAGAUGCAGAGGAGCUGCACACACCUGCAGAAGUGUACAUAGCAGCAGAACUGAAGUUGGCAGUUCUUCAAAUCAGGGCGCCAAUUAUUCAGACAAAAUCCAAAAAGUUCAGGCAGCUUGUGGUGACAUGGAUCAAAGCCAGCGGGUUCUCCAGGACCGUCAUUCUGUCCAGCAGCCACGCCUACCAGAGGGACGACCAGCAGCUACAAGGCACUCCUUUGAGGUACCUGGCCACUCCGUCUCUGCAUAAGGUGAGCGAGGACGCGUUUAAAGAGCUCGGCUGGAGGGAGAUGGAGCGAGUGCCGGCCUUCCCCGCACUGACAGACGCCAGCACAGAACCACGCCUCUACAUCCCUGGAGGAGGAAUAACCAAAGGACUCUACACAGACAGUUGUGAGGAGGAUCUCCCGCUGGCUGUGCUGCUGCUCUUCUGUUCGGAGGGGGACAACAUCCCGGAUUCCUUCACGCUCGUCAACCACCUGAACGACUGGCUCCACCUGCUGGACAACCCUAGCAAAGAGCCCAACAAAUGGAAGAUCCCAACUUCCUGGAGUCUUCUGUUUGGCAGCGGUAUCCCGCCAGCGCUGUUCUGAUACUCACAUACCUGGAUUUAGUUUUUUUUGCUAUUUUUAGCUCCGCUUCUGGGAAAUGCAGUAAGCUCCAAAACCUCACAGAUGUUUUCUUUGACAUCUGGGCGGUCCAGUUGUAGCACCUUGGUAUUCUACAGAGCCUUGUGCAUUAGUGGAAAUGUAUUACUAGUAAAAUGAUGAUUGUUUUUUUGUGCCCUAAGCUCAUAAUACCAAGACCAGGAACUAAAUGAAAGGACGUUUGUCUGCUCUAAACAAUGAAAACAGACAUAAAGCAAGGAUGUAAAAUAACAAGAAGCUCCAGCUUUUCAACAUUCAUCACAGUUUACUAUUACUCUUAAGAUGUAUAGACCAAAACGUACCAACAUGCACUUCUGGAAUACUGCAGCAUAUCAAUGUAUUUUUCUAACAAAUAAAAGAUUGCUACAAAAUGCAGAAGGAA